UGCACAUUUUCCUUUGCUAGUGGAAGAAAAAAAAAAAUAUGGAGACAAAGUCAUUGGCAUUUGUGGUUUUGCUGGUGGUUGCAAUUACAGCCAUGUGGGAGGUGGAGAUGGCCGCCGCACUCAGUGCAGCUCAGUGCGACCAAGAAAGGAACCUUGCCAUCACGGCUUGCAAGCCGGUGGUAUACGGCAAGCUUCCGUCCCCCGAUUGCUGCCAGCGAGUGAGGGUUACGCACCUGGAAUGCGUUUGUCCCGCCAUCACUCCACGAAUCGCCGCCAUUAUCGACCUCAACCGCGCCAUCCGCCUCAUUCAAGGCUGUGGUCGGAGUGUCCCCCGCCACUACAAGUGUGGAAGUAUUACAACUCCAUGAAAAUUGGCACUGCUGAAUUGGACAAUGUUAUGUUUUCUACUGCUGUUACUUCAUGCUUCGAGGCGGUCUCAUCGCCUGCUUUAUGAAA